AUGACUGGUUUUCCCAAAUUACAACCCAAAUAUUUUUACGGAAUAACAGUGGGUCUAAAUGGUAGCGAUUGUUUGUUUUUUAAUGAUAAAGAAUUGUUUAAUGCGUUUAUAAGAAAUGUUGUGGCUCUUGCUGAAAGAGGAGGUCGACCAAAAGUAAGAAUAUAUGAUCUAGAAAGUUUGAAAUAUAAGCAUACUUUAGAAGUUCCUCAGAAAGAUAAAGCAAAUGGAAUUAUUAAUUUAAAAUUUUCUUGUGAUGACAUAUUCUUAGCAGUGCUAACAGAUGGUCCUGAUUUUAUGAUGUACUUUUAUAGUUGGGAAAAUUCGAUGAUUGAAAGCUCAACGCAAGCUAUAGAACCUUCGACUUUUAUAGGUCCAGUUCUUGACAUGGCGCUAAAUCCUUCAGACAGUACAAUCAUGUGUUUUGUUGGCUCAAAUCUUUUUCGCCUAAUGACAAUUACUGAAACAGUAUGGAAGCAGUAUGGAUUCCAAACUAUAAAAGAUGUAAAUUUUACUAGUGUAUGUUGGUUAAAUGGUGAUAGAAUUCUCGCUGGCACACUAGAUUGUCGAAUUUUCUAUAUUGAAAAUGGCAACCUUCGAGCUGUGUAUGUUGCAAAUACAAUAAAGUAUAUUGAUAUUAAGUAUAAUAUGGAAAAUCCAUUAGAAGUUUUAGCCUCACAUUCAAAGACAGAUCAAUACAGAAAUGUCAGAUGUUUAACACCUAUUAAUACAGGAUUUUUAUUUAUUGUUGGAAGAAAUAAUAUUUUUUAUUUUGCAAAAGAAAAUGACGAUAAAAUAUACUCAAAACGGGCAGAGUUUGCAAUUGAGAAAGAUUUGGGUAUAUUGGAAGAAAAUAUUUCAUUACAAACAGUUGAAUGUUUAAGCAUUAAUCCAAGCACACAGAAAUUGGUGUGCGUUACAAAAAUGUCGCAAAUGUAUUGGACUACACUAGCACUCACACCUGAUAUAAUUCUAGGUUCAACUGUUAAACUUAAACCUCUAGGAGAAGAUAUGCAUUAUGGUGGCAUUGCUAGCCUAUCAACGUGUCAAUGGAAACCAAUAUUUUUGACAUGCGGAAAAAUAGAUGGGACCAUAAAGGUGUGGGAUUAUAUUAGCCAAACACUUAUAUUUUCUCAGCACUACCAAGAAAAUGUGUUCAGUGUCUCCGUACAUCCAACAGGUUUGUACUCGCUGGCAUCGUUCAUUAGCAAGGUGGAAUUUCAAUUGAUCCAGAUGGAAGGUUUAAAGGAAUGGAAAAAGAUUGCUAUGAUGGAUUGCAAUCUAACUGCUUUUAGUAAUUCGGGUCAUAUGUUUGCAUUAGCCAACCAUCACAAAGUUGAUGUUUAUUGUUCUGUUAUUUUUGAACAUAGAUAUACACUUAGAGGACACUCGGGAAUAAUAACAGCGUUACGAUGGGGGUUUCAUGAUGCCAAUUUAAUAACAUGUGGCUUGGAUGGUGCCAUAUACGAGUAUAACAUGAGAACUGGUGAGCGAGAUUUGGAUAUUGUAAAUCCCGAAAUUGUCUACAUUGACUUAGUUGUAUCAAAAGAUACUAGUCGUAUGUUUCCAAUUGCUCAAGAUGGACGAUUUAGAGAAAUAUACAAUCAGACAGUUUGUAUAAAGAAAUUUUCUAAUUUAUACUUAUUUCGUAAUGUAAAUAUACAUAAGGGAAAUUUAAACGCCGCAGUUCUAUCCAAUACAGAUUCUAUGUUAUUCAUAGCAGCUGAACAUGGUGUAGUGUUAUCUUUUGCUUUACCAAUUAUAACUAAGAUACAGUUUAACGAGUUUCGAAUGCACAACCAAAACAUAACUAAAAUGUGUAUUACGAUGAAUGAUUUGUUUUUUAUAACUUGUUCAAAUGAUGGUAGUUUAUGUAUUUGGGAAGUGAAAAAUACUGAAGAUAAAAUGAUCAAAGUUCACUCAGAUUUUAAUUAUUUAGAUGACAUUCUUGUUACGGCAUCAGAUAUUUCCGAUAAAAUUGCAACUAUAGAGCAAUUUGAAAUACGAGUGGCUGAAUUAGAACGAACCUAUAAAGUGGAUCAACUUAAAGAAACCAAUAUACGCACUAUUCAAGAUAUUAGAUUUAUGAAUUCCAGAAUUAUUGAUUCAAUGAAAAAAAUGAUGAAAGAUAGCACUAGAGAACACAAUUUGAACAUAAUACUAUUGAAACAAGAAUUAAAUAAUCUUAAAGAAUCUCAUGAAAAUACAAUCGAGAAACUAGAAUCUUAUCAUUUUGAAAAUUUAUUACGAGAGUAUAAAAAAUAUACUCUUUUAGAAGACAAAAUGUACAAAACGACUCUGGAAUUGAAAAAAGGUUUGAGUGAAAUUAAAAUCUUACAAAACCAAAAGUUGGAAGAACUCAUUGAAUUUUUUAAUGAAAGACUUACUGAAAAAGAUAAAGAACUUCAUAAAAUCAAAGAAAACUUGAUAAUGGAGAAAAAUAAUACUAUUAUGUUAAUGGAACAAAUCGAAGAUGAUGUAGAUCGAGACUUUCUAGAAAAAAAAACAAAUUAUUUGACCAAAAUUAGAGAACUGAAGAAGAUCAACAUAAAUCUUAGAGGACAAUUAGGAACUUACAAAAUGAAAACUAUAACUGCAUUAGAAGAGAUAGAAAAUUUGACUAAUCUUAUUGAAAAAUAUGACGAAGAUUUAGAACAGUUGAAAACAACAGUCAAUGAGAAGAAAAGUAUUAAGUACGAUAUUUCAAAACAAAUAAAAAGUCGAGAUGAAAUCAUUCAAGAGAAAAACAAUAUAUUAUUCGAAGAAAAUUUAAAGUUGAAAGAAUUGGAGAAAGAAUCCGAUGUGUUGAAACAUAACAUACAAGAUAUGGAACAGGCGGUAGAACCAUUAAUAUUAGAACUUCAAGCUAAAAAAGAAGCAAUAUCUGAUUUGGAAAAUGAAUUAGACGAAAAGAAUAUUAUUAUCAAACGCACGGAACUAUUUCUCAUAGAACAACGAGAAAUUUUACAGAUGCUUGAGGUAGAAAUUCAUAAGCAACAGAACAUAAUCCGAAACAGCAACAAUAUAAUCAGUCGUAUGGUUAGUGACAUACAUCAAGUCAGUCAGAAGUUACAAAAUCCAAGUAUAUUGAAAAGUGUAGUUUCAAAAUUAUAUCACCAAUACGCAGAAGAAAAAUCAUUUAAUGGAACCAAGUAUGAAGAAUUAAAUUCCCGAAUAGAAUUUUCUAGACAAAGAGGAUAUUUAGAAAAAUUAAUAGCAUCUCAUAGAAGAAAAAUGAAAAAAUGCAAUAAAAAAAGUGAUUCUCAUUAUCAAAUUAUAGAAGAAAAUAUGGCACUUAUCGAAGAAGUUAAAAGUUUGAGAAAAGAUGUGAAAAACUAUCGCACUAAAUACAAUAAUCUUGAAAGUCUAAUCAAAAUUGAAGACAAAAAUGUGUCUCCUAAACAAGCAAGGGCGAUGUUAAACUCUGUCAUUUCGAUUGAUAACGUUGAAGAAAAAUAUAAAGAUCGAUUAACUACAUUACAAAAUAGAAUUGAAAUGCUACAAUCCGAGCUAAAUAGAGUUAAAAAUAUAGCUAACUAGUUAAAAUUUUACGAUUAUCAUAUUCAAAAUUAUUUUAUCUAAUUAUAUUAAGUUAAUUUAAAAAUUAUUCGUUGAUAUCAUUCUAUAGUGAAUAAUUUAUGCUGUAUAACUAUGUUAGUAUUGAAGUUUGCAAGCACAGCUAUGAAAUGGAUGUAAGUGCUUUUAAUAUAUAUUAAGUAAAUACAAAUA